CGCCGCGCGGCGUUACGUGUACUCCGGCUGUUUGCGACGCCCGCUCUUACCACAAAGAACGCUUCAGUAUUGUAAAAAAUCUGUGAUGUAUUGAUUAAUUCCAACAUUUUACCAACACAAAAACCGUCGGCGAACUAAAUUAGACUCGAUCUGGACACGGUGUGCGUUGUUUAAGUGAGCUUCUCUAGCGUUUUACUGUGGGCCACGUCCUAUGGAAUUCCACAUUUAUCGAUGAAUAGAAUCUAGUGUGUGGACCGAACAUGGUGGACUUUACGGUGCGAUGUUGAAUGCGUACGGAUUGUUAGUGUUUUCUGUGUUAAAUUCCUAUAUUUUCUAGUGUGAAAUUGUGGAUUUUGUGACUAUAAAUAUGGAUUGGUAUGCGAAUGCUUAAAACGCUAUCCAGGAGGGAUAAAGUUUGCGUCGGAUAAUGAGAGUUGGGGAACGAUAAACAGUAAGAAUGGUAUCGUACGGCUACUUCGGGCUCCGGCAGGCUCCGUGGACGCUGCUCGUCCUCAUCUUUUUCGUCGAAAGCGUGAUGGGAAAUUACGCAAAAUCUUUCUAUAUACAUUGGAACACAACAAACAGUAUAUUCAGAAUAGACAAUACCGAUCACGUAUUUGAUCUAAAUAAAGGAAAUGCACAGUUUGAAUACGACCAAGUAAACAUAAUAUGUCCCGUUUACGCUCCGGAUACAUUCGAAGAGGACAUGGAAAAGUAUAUAAUAUAUAAUGUAAGUAAAGAAGAAUAUGAUUCGUGUCGAAUAACGAAUCCAAAUCCGCGGAUUAUAGCAAUAUGCGAUAAGCCGAACAAGUUGAUGUUUUUCACCAUUACCUUCCGGCCGUUCACACCGCAACCCGGCGGUUUAGAAUUUCUACCGGGGAAAGAUUAUUAUUUUAUAUCGACGUCCAGUAAAGAUGAUUUACAUAGAAGAAUUGGUGGCCGUUGCCUAAGUCAUAACAUGAAACUAGUGUUUCGUGUGUGCUGUAAGCCGGAGGAGCAGUCACCCGUGCCGCCGCCGCAGCCCACCCUGCCGCCUCCGCCACCGCCACCUACCGUCCCGCCGACGACCACUACAACGACGACCGUCAAACCGGUCACUAAAAAGACGCACAAAUACGAUAAGACACCUAACGAAGUGGUGAAGAGCGAGGAGCUUUCGUAUUCGCGCGGCGCGGCGUUGGCUUCGUCCCUUGCCCUCGCUCUCGCGGCGAGCGCGGUGCUGGCGCCCCUGGCUCGGUGAAUGUGCGCCAAGGCGGCGCGGCCCCCGCGUCCCGACCUGCUGGCGAAGCCCUGCUCAGCUCACAGCACACAGACACUACAAUCUCUCCACUUGCGCCCGGACACUCUAGUCUACACUUAAAUCAGUGUAAGAUAGUGCUGUAAACUAUGUGGUGAACUGUAGGUUAGUGACGGGUCGUUUAGAAACGCCCCUGUGAUCUAUUAUUGUGUGUAAAGGGAUUUCCUUUUAGUACUUAGUGCUGUGAGAGCCGGACUUCGGGUUUGGUAUCGAGGGUCGAUGCCCGUGAAGUGCAGUGACUUUGUAGAUUUGUGCAAAAUUCCUAGGUAUUUCUAUAUAAAGUUCCAAUGACUUUAGUCCUUAAGGAACCUAAGUCGAGAGCCUAAUUUUUACUAUUGUAAUUAAAGUAUAUUGGGCCUACUGAAUAAUCGAACUAAUAUAUUAUACACUUGAAGAUCGAUUCGUAGAAACACAAGCUGCGAACGUAUAUAUAAAAAUGUUAACAUGUGUAAUGGUAAUAUAGAUUUCUUAAACCAUUAGGAAUUAAACAAUUUUUAUAUUUUCACUUAUGCAAUGAAGGAUAUUUGACUAAGAAUUAGUACGCAAAAUACAGAUAUUAUAGGAGAAAUCUUAUAUAGU